AUGCGCAUAUAUUCGCCCCCAUUCAAGGCGAUCCGGAAUACCCUAGCAAUAUGGCCGAGAAAGACAAUUCCAGCACCCCUCUCGAGCCGACGUUAUUCCAAUCAACAUCACUACCAACCUCCUCUGUCUAAUAUCAUCGGAAACCCCAAAGACUUCUUCCGAUAUACCAGUGGACGAUGGCUCUGGGAUGAACAGCAACAGCUCCAAGAGAGAUACCGUGAAUUCAACAUCCUUGAACUGCAGAAUAUUGCCAUACAAGCGUCAUGUUCUAAAUCAUGUCUCAUUAUGGGAAAAAUAGGGGAAGGAUCAUAUAACAAGUCUUUCAAGCUUACUAUGGACAAUGGGAAGACGGUUAUCGCUCGGAUACCAAAUCCGAAUGCUGGACCGGCAUAUCUGACGACUGCUUCCGAGGUUGCUACAAUGGAUUUUUUGAGGACCAUACUACACAUUCCAGUUCCCAAAGUCCUCGCGUGGAGUUCGGCUGUCGAUUCUACGAACAGUGUAGGUGCCUACAAUCUUGCAGACGCUUGGACGGACAUGGACCUUGAGCAUAAGGUCCAGACGAUGGAGGAUCUAGUAAGCAUCCAACAGAAGCUGCUAUCCUUGAGAUUCUCUGUACACGGUUGUCUUUUCUACAAGACAGACGCACCCCCUGGAUCUCAGCCUGCAAUUGUUGUCGGAGACAACUAUCCACCUGAAGUCAGGCAGAAUAUUUCCGAGAAGUUUUCCAUCGGACCAGUUGUAGAUCCAACCUUUUGGAGCAAUGGAAGAGAAAACAUGGAUAUUGAUCGUGGGCCAUGGACUUCCGCACUCGAUUACAUACAAGCCCUCGCCAAUCGAGAAGCCUCCUGGAUUGCUAAACACGUAAAACCAUGCUCACCAAACGAUCCUUUAUUCACCUCCCACAGUCAAAAUAAUCCCGCAGAACACAUCUCCCUUCUCCGAAAAUACCUAACCGUCUCUCCCCACCUAAUCCCACACGACAAAGACAUCAAAGAGUCAUUCCUAUGGCACACGGACCUCCGCACCCCUAACAUCUUCGUCGAUGACACCGGCCACAUCACCAGUAUCAUAGACUGGCAAAGCACCUGGACAGGCCCAUUAUUCCUCGAAGGCUGUCAUCCGCAGUUCCUCGACUACAACGGAGAAAUCAUCCUCAAACCACCUAAGAACUUCAAGCACCUGGAUGAAGAUACCCAAAGAGACCUCAGAGAAAAGAUCUUUAAAUCAAUUCUACUAUACCUCUACGAGAAUAACACCGCGAAGAAAAACCCACUCCUCGACAAAGUCCUCCGCUACCCAAACGGCAAGAUACUAACCCAUCCGAUCCACUUCGUAGGAAAUACAUGGGAUGGAGAUAUCUUACCACUACGGGAACCAUUAAUUCGGAUCCAGAAAACCUGGACUUCCUUGAAACACCCCACAAAAGAAUGCCCCAUCACCUUCACCCCCUCCGAAAUCCACCAACACCACCAAGACAGCGAAGGAUGGAACGAAGUACAGGAUUUCUGGGACGCGAUGUCCGGAAUCCUAAGCAGGGAUGGCUGGACCUCGCAUGAGACAUACGAUCAGGCGGUUUCUAUCUAUUCUCAGCUACAGGCUAUUGAAAGGGAAUCUUCUUCUUCUUCUUCUUCUUCUUCUUCUUCUUCUUCAUAG